UUUUACAGGAAGAAGAUGAAUCUAAAAUGCAUGAUACAGAUCUUGAUGUUGAUAAGUACACAUCCAUGACAGUUGAUUACAGCUCUGUGCAGCCUGGUUCCCAGCAGAUAGAUAGUAUCUUCAGAGAGCUUGAUCGGUUAAAAACAAAGAUUUUUAGAGAUGUUGUGGACAAAUUUACCUCAGGCUCAAGCAGAGCAGGCUCUCAAGAGGAAAGAAGGGGAACUAGAACAGACAAUCAAAGGGAGCAACCAAGCAGAUUGAUAGAUGAUGAUCCAUUAAGAAUUCCUCCCCGUAGACCUCCAGACUUUCAUGGGGAAUGGGCUCCACCUGUUGGACCAUUUGGAUAUGGCGAUGGAGAUAGAUUACCUGGGCACCCUGGUACUAGAGGUGGAAUGUUAAUGGACCCAUUUCGUCCAGGAGGCAUGGGCUCCACAGGGGGUCAGGGGUUUGGUCCACCACCCCACCCUGGACAGUUGCCAAGGGGUGCUGUUCCACCUGGUGCUAGGUUUGAUCCAUUUGGGCCAGUCCCACCUGGAGGUUCACGUGCUGAUCCUAGAUCAGGAAGGUUUGCUGGACCCGACUCAGAUCACUUACCUCCUCCAGGAUACGAUGAUAUGUUCAUGUAAAAAAAUGGUACCAUCCAUUUAUAUUGCUCAUAACCUACAUUUGGCAAAUAAGGUUUUCAGAAAAAGUGAAACAGCAAAAAUUGUUCAUCGUCACUUGUCCAUUUGCAUUCUUCCCUAGCAGAUCUUAGAGCUCAAGAGGGGCCACUAGCAGUGUAGGUAUUGGUAACUGCGCCAAUGUUUUCUUAACAUGUAGAGCUACAGCACAUAAUCUUUCUACAGCUCCCAAUUGUUUCUGUGGUGUUAUUAGGUGCCAGUAGGGACGCUUACCUUGCUGAAGCCUUUAUUCGAAAAGCUACAGUUAUUAUUACAUUAAAAUCAUUGUAAGGUUGACACAGGUUUUAAGAGAAGAAGAUACAGCACACUCUUGUUGUUGAAAGAUGAAAUCUUAAAAGAAUGUUAAUAAAAAAAUGAAUUGAACUAUUA